AUGACACAAUGGCUCAUGCGUGAAGCUUCGGACAGGUUCCAUGGCUUUCAAAAGGUGAAUACAAUUACAGAAUAGCCACAAAAAUUGUGGUUGGUCUCUGUUCUGGAGGGAGGGGUAAGUGUUGCCACGUGCUUUUGCACAAACUGAAAGAUCAUAUUUUGUCGUAGUUGCGCGGUCGGCUGUGCUUUUGGUACAACACCUGGUCGCAACCCAUAGAUUCUCGCGGCAACCACAUCUUGAGCUUUCUUUGCGCACCCUCGCUCUGCAAAGAAAGUGGCAAGAUGGAUCGCAACGAAGACAGCCACCAGGCUAUCACUACGGGUUCGACCGACCAGGAGGAUCAUCCAUCUAGUGAUCCAGCGGGCACUCAUCACGACCGACCAGACGCUGGAUUAUUGGCGGUUGGCAACAUCACGUUCUUUUGCGGGUUAGCAAGACACGACCAUACACAAGGCUUUGGUACCUUCGAUUUUACAGAGCCCAGUCAUCUGGAGUCAUUCCACUUCAGGACUGGAAAAGGCUACAAAGGCAAAGAACCGAGAAACCAAAGUCUCAUCGCUGCAAAAUAUCGAGAAUAUACGAAUAAGCAUAGGUGGCGCAACCCCCGUCAGAAAAUAUUACUGUACAUGGCUAACGUACUGUAUGAUAGGAACCGUUUUGAGCAACCCUUUCGACUGCUUGAUCUUCCUCAGGAAGUCAGAGAUACGAUAUACGGCUUCAUUCUUGAGCCACUGCUUGAUGAUAAAUCCAGUGUCGAUGGAGUGACAGGUAUUGAAGGCGGCAUCUUCUUUUAUGUGGAGAGCGGAGAGGACUGGGAUCAAAAGAGGGAGGAUGAUGAAAGUUUCACGAUCGUAAGACGAUAUCCAGCCGAUGCUCAUCCUGGUGAUCCUCAAAACGACCCUGACCACUACCUCAAUGUAUACCAGAGAUUUAUGGACGGAACCACCGAGCCAGACGACUAUCUCUCUGCAUCCGGAUUCUUCACUUCCUUCCCUGAACAUGUUUCUGUAAUCUCAGGUCUCUCCGAAUAUUCCGAAUCUCCAACAUUAACAGAUUCUGAGGAUGACAGCGACUCAGAUGAUUCGGAGGACGGACUUGCAUAUGAAGGCAACCCUCAAUCAGGUAUCGCAGACCAUGAGUGGGUACCAGUCUUUGGCUGCAAACUUCGCAUCAUUCGCAAGACUGCUCGUGAGAUCCAGAAGUCCAAGGAUGAUUGCGCUCGCCACCCGUACGCAAGACAGAACUUUCCAUGCAAGUGUGUUGUUGCAGAAUUGAAUGCUUACGAAGCAAUCAGAUGUAUCUCCCAUGUCAGUCGUCAAGUCUCGUUGGAGGUAGGAAAUGUCAUGUGGAGAAACUCUACCCUGCUGGUUGACGAACUCAAUGCCCUGCCCGCUUUUGCCCGUCAUCAUCCUAUGGCACUUCGCCAAAUCAAGAAAUUGGCAUUCACACUUACUUAUGAGAAGGAUCUCACAGACACAUUGACAUCGGAGCUAUCGUUGACUUUUGCGAUCAUUCGUCGAUACAUGGCACUACAGUAUAUCUCAAUCGCAUUCCACACAACAAAUGAUUGUUUACGGGAGGUUCUAGAAGGAAAGAAGAUUCAAACUUGGCGUGAUCUUUUCAAGAAUAUGAAGAUGAACGACAACAUGGCAUCAAAAAAGGGGCUUGAGAUUCGACGCAUUGAUGGCAUUGAUCCGUAUGACAAGAAAUUGCCUGAUCAAUAUGACAAGCUUCUGGCAGGUCUUUGGGUACCGGAUUGUGUGAGAGAAUCUUACAGCAAGGAAUUGGGUCUCUUGGAAUCUUUUGAAGAGGAUGCAUUGCGAAAGGACAACUAG